CCCCCUCAACAAUCUUCUACUCAUUUUCUCUGUUGCCUUAUAGUCUGUUAGGCCCUGCUCUACCACAUAGGCUAUCAACUAUUAGCUAUAAUCCAUUUUCGUAGUCAUUUACAGUUGUAAUUUGGCUGGCCACAGCUUGCACUUCGCGUCUAUAAAUAUAACCGCUCACACUUUGAUCAGUUCAUACGUUCAUCAGUUCAUUUUUUUUAUUUGUUUCUGUUGUGUGUAUUGUGUGGUUUUGAGUCUACUGUAUUGAUCUCAAUGGGAGCAUAGUUGGUGUGAUAGCCCGCAUUCAAGGAAGGCAAAGCAAAAUCAUUGCUAUGGUCCUCUGGAACUGCAAGAGGUAGUAAUAGCAGCAACUUAGAGAAUGAGAAACCGCUCUUAGUCCCUGGUUUGCACAAUCUCCGCAACAAUUGCUUCCUCAACGUUGUUUUGCAGGUUAGGUUGUCUGUCAAAGGAAGGCGCUCUACUAGCUAUUUGAGAGUUGCAGGUUGUCCAAAAGCUUCAUCAUUUUCUUCAUAUCACAAAAGAGAGAUACUACAUGGACCAUAUGAGGUGUUUUGGUCUCUUCCACCUGGUGUGAACAUGGAUAAUAUAUCAGCUGAAUUUUCCCUAAAUUGAUAAAUGAUGCAUGUACUUGGAAGGACGAUGUCUUUAAGUCCUCAUGCACAUGUCAAAUGUUGAUUAUCAAGUCCAUGGCAAUUCAUCUUUCUCCCACAAAUUCUCUUUGUUGAAUCAACCACACUCUUUCACAGCUGCUCGCUGCCAAUAAUAUGGACUCACCGUUCACUGAUGUUACUAAUCGCUUGGAUUUCUCAUCUGGCCGGCUAUCUAACAGGAAACCAGCCAAAAGAGUUCGAAAAUCUGUUUUUGUAGCAACAUCCAAAACAAAACGAUCCUGUAGAAGAUCUGAUUUUAUGGUUCCUGGUGACCUAACUGCUCAGAGCUCAAUUCAUAACCCCACUCAACAGAUCCCAACUAUUCCAUUAGAUGUUACUACUCGCUUGGAUAUCCCAUCUGGUCCUGUGACGUACAAGGAACCAGCGAGGAGAGUUGGUAAAACUGACACUGCAGUCACAUCUAAAAGAAGACGAUCUCGUAGAAGAGCUGAUUUUACGGUUUCUGGGGAGCUAAAUGCUCAGAGCUCGAUUCAUAACCCCACUCAACAUAUGCCAACUAUCCCUUCAGCUAUGUACACUAUCGAAUUUCAAAAAAGAGGCUUGCCCCAUGCACAUAUUCUCCUGUGGCUUCACGCGAACAAUAAAUUGAAUUCUCCUGAUAAGAUUGAUUCGGUAAUAUGUGCUGAACUUCCAGAUCCUCGCAUUGAUCCUCAACUCUUCCUUGCUGUGUCUAACUACAUGGUGCAUGGGCCUUGUGGGCUUAGCAACAAACAAUCACCGUGCAUGAAGAAUGGAAAGUGCUCAAAAUUCUUCCCCAAAAAGUUCUGUAAUUCCACAUCUUUUGACCGUGAUGGGUUUCCUAUUUACAGACGAAGAAACAGUGGUAUAACAACUACUAGAAGAAAUAUCCCGUUGGACAAUGGUUAUGUCGUUCCAUACAAUGCGAAGUUGUUGAUGAAAUAUCAGGCUCACAUAAACAUCGAAUAUUGCAACAAGGCUAAUUCGAUCAAGUACUUAUUUAAGUAUAUAAACAAGGGAGUUGAUCGGGUUACAAUGUCAAUGUCCAUGGGAGAAAAUGUGAAUGAAGUGGAUGAGAUCAAACAGUAUUAUGAUUGUAGAUAUCUUUCUGCAUGCGAAGCUGUUUGGAGAAUUUUUAAAUUUGAGAUCCACCAUCAUUGGCCACCUGUGAAGAAGCUUGAAUUCCACCUACCUGAUAAACAACUUGUGAUAUUUAAAAAUGGGGAUGAGGCGGAUCAGGUUUUAGAGCGUUCUAGAGAAAAACUCACCAUGUUCAUGGCAUGGAUGGCUGCAAAUGCAAGAUACCAUUGUGGCAAGGAUCUAAUGUACGCUGAAUUUCCCUCCAUGUUUGUUUAUGAUAAACCUAAGCGUGAGUGGAGACCCCGGAAGCAGGGCUUCUCUAUUGGGCGAAUGAAUUUCAUCCCACCAGGUACAGGUGAAUUGUUUUAUAUGAGACUUUUGCUAAACGUGCAGCGUGGUUGCCUUACUUUUGAAGAAUUAAGGACUGUGAAAAACAACACAUAUGGUACAUUUCGCGAAGCAUGUGAAGCUCUAGGGUUACUGAAAGAUGAUGGAGAGUUUGUUGAUAGCAUACAUGAGGCAGCCGAAUUAGGAUCUGGAUUCUAUCUUAGAAGACUAUUUGUUAGAUUGCUUCUAUCAAAUACAUUGGCUAAUCCAGUAGCUGUUUGGCUGAAGACAUGGGGUCUUCUAGCUGAUGGCAUAUUAUAUGAGCGACGGAGAUCCUUCAACAAUCCAGGUCUUACAAUUGAUGAUGAAAGAUUACAAGAGCUUUGCUUAAUGGAGAUCGAAAGCAUUUUAUUGGUUAAUGGGAAAUCACUGAAGAAUUUCAAUGGUAUGCCUUCUGUUGACUCUAGCAUUCUUGCUGAGUAUGGCAAUUUGCUACUGUAUAAUGAGAUGAACUACGAUACAAUUGAGAUGGCUCGGUUGCAUGCUCAAUAAUUGCACUUUUGGUCCCCCAACUAUACCCUUCCUGCGAAAAUCGUCCUCAAACUUUAAAAUUAGCAAAAAACGACCCUAAAGUUUACACCCGGUUGCAAAAUUGGUUUUCCGUUAGAUUCCGUCUAAAAACUAACAGAAUAUUCUGUUAAAAAUGUAUUAAAAAAUAAAUAAAAAAUAAAAUUGAGAAAAUAAUAGUAUUUUAAUUGAAAUCCAGAAAUACCCAGAAUAUUACAUCAAUUCAUGAGAGCAUUUGAGAUUCAAAUGAUCACAACCUGAAAUUUUAAUCCAAAAAAAAAUUGUUCAGAUUAAAAGGAAACCAAAUCCAGGAAAAACAAAUCCUGAAAAACUGAAGAGGUGAGUUUUAUCGUUUCUUGUUUGUUAUCCCUUUCCACCUCAACCUGCAUUUUCUCUCUGCUUCUUCAAUCGAAACCAAAAUUCACCAUCACAUCCAAGCAAUUGAAGCAGAAGAUCAAUUGACCCCCUUCAAAUCUAGUACUCAAACCAUAAACAACCAUAAAACCCAGAACUUGAAAAUGCAAGUGUGUUGGUGUUCCAAAAUCGGUGGGUUUUCUGGGUUCUGGGGGUGAACAAAGGGGGAUUUUUAUGAGUUUUAAAGAGGAAGGAGUCGUGGAGGGAGGAAUAUAUGAAAUGAGAGAGACACAGAAUCAACAGAGACCAGAUCUGAAGAAGAAAGGUGGUGGCUUGAAUCUGCCUCCUUCACCAUCACCCGCCACUGUCGCCGAACCAUUGACCGAAUCAGCAACCUCAACUUCGUCUGCAAAGCUAUGGGUAUCUUCGUUCACCUUUUUCUCCAUCUCUGCCACCUUUCAUCGCUUCUGUUGUCGCUUCUGCCACCUACGCUCUUUUGAAACACCAAAUGGAAGUUGCUGCUGCUCCUUUUAGUUUUUUUCUCCAAUAGAAUUUUGAAUCAAAAUAGAAGAAUUGAGGAUGAUGUGGGAAGAAAAUGACAGGGAUGAAAAUGAAGAAGAAGAUGUUUGAAGAAGAUGAAUAAUGAAUGAAGGUUGUUGGGUUUCAUUUUUUUAAUUUUUAAUUCAUUUUUUAACCCAGAAUCCGUUAAGUUUUGGAUGGUUUUGGACGGCAGACCAGUUUUGCAACCGGGUGUAAACUUCAGGGUCGUUUUUUGCUAAUUUUGAAGUUUAAGGACGAUUUUCGCAGGAAGGGUAUAGU